UCAAUACUACUCACUAGUUCACCAUUUAUAUUCACGUACCCAUAACAAUCACUCACUUAAAUAUUCACAACUUUCCUUCCACUUACAUACUUCUCUACUACCAAAACAGCCAAAUGGAUAAUCAAAAGAAACAUGUAGCAGUGUAUACAUUCCCUUAUUCUUCACACCCUUCUCUCAUACUAACCCUCACUCGUAGACUCGCUUCCGCGGCCCCUAAUGUCAUUUUCUCCUUCUUCAACAUAGAAAAGUCUAACGAUGUUUUGUUCUCCAACCUCAGUUGCAACAACAUACUGCGGUAUGAUGUGUCCGACGGCAUACCAGAGGGUUAUGUUUUUAAGGGAACACCUCAAGAAGAUAUUAACUUGUUUUUGGCCGUGGCGGAGGAAGAGCUCAGGAAGGGUGUUCAAGUGGCCGAGAUGGAUACUGGGCUGAAGAUUAGUUGUCUGGUGGUGGAUGCGUUUUUUUGGUUUUGUGGCGAUAUGGCGGAGGAAAUGGGCAUUCCUUGGGUGGCGGUUUGGGCCGCCGGAGAUUGUUCUCUGGCUUCACAUAUUUAUACUGAUCUGAUCAGGGAAAAAAGUGCUCAACUCAUAGGUUCUGUCGGACCCAACGAAGAAAUUGUCGACUUGAUGCCAGGACUCAAAGCGGUUCGACUGGGUGACUUACCAAGUGGAGUCGUGUUGGGAAACCUCGAAUCACCGUUUUCAACCAUGCUACAUAAGAUGGGAAGAACCCUACAUAAAGCAACCACCGUUACCCUAAAUUCAUUUCAAGAACUAGACCCUAAUCUUACUACAACCCUCUCUUCAAAGUUGAACAACUUCCUCAGUGUUGGUCCCUUCAAUCUCAUAUCCAAAGAAAAAACAUCACUAAAACUUGAUGAGUUUUCUUGCAUUUCAUGGUUAGAUAACCAAAACACAAAAACAAUUGCAUACAUAAGUUUUGGGACAGUUUUCACACCCCCGCCUCAAGAGCUAGUCGAGUUGGCUAAAGCACUCGAAGAGACCAAAACUCCGUUUCUUUGGUCACUAAAAAUGGAUUCCCAUAAGCAUUUCCCUAAGGGUUUCGUGGAGAGAGUAACCGUUAAUGGGACUGGGAAAGUUGUACCUUGGGCUCCACAGGAUCAAGUGUUGAAUCAUGUUGCAAUAGGAGUGUUUGUAACACACUGUGGAUGGAACUCGGUGUUAGAGAGUCUAGGGGCUGGUGUCCCGAUGAUUUGUAGACCGUUCUUAGGGGAUCAACACUUAAAUUCUUGGAUGGUUGAGAGAGUUUGGGGAAUUGGAUUGAGAAUCGAAGGUGGGACUUUCACAAAACAUGCGACUCGUCGUGCUUUGGAACAAGUUUUCUCCUUGUCUAAUAGCCGACACGAGAGAAUGGAAGCAUUGAAAGAUCUUGCUCACAAGGCUAUUGAACCAAAUGGGAGUUCUAAGCAAAAUUUCAAGACUUUGGUAGAGGUGGUCACCGGUGAGACACAACAUGAAUAUCAUUGAAUUGACAUUUGUGUAAUGUUUCAUGUUUGGAAAGGUUAUUGUAAUCUCUUUUAUUGGAGUGAGAAUGAUAUUAUAUCAAAUAAACACUUAUAUUAUUUUGAUGAUAAUA